AGGAGCUUGUCCACUUAGGAGACCAAUGACAGCACAGGUAGCAACAGGUGAGCAGAGAACACACACCUCACACACACACACACACACACACACACACGGAAACACAGCGUGUAGGAAGAGGCGGCUGCGGAGCUGAGAGGCUCCUGGGACUGACUGCCUGCGGAUCCUGUCUGACAUGACGGGCAACUAGAGAAGCGAGGACCAUUUCACCGCCUCGGAGGACAAACUGCAGCACAGCCGCUUUGUUUGGAUUAUUACCGACAUAAUUACAGAAACAGAUUAAAUGUCCCUCUGAUAAGGACUCAGAGAGUGUGUGUGGUGAGUUAGUGUGACUUUACAGUUUGAAUAUAUUUACUGGAGGGGUGAAGUGUCGCAGCAGCCCUGCAGGUUCCUGUUUGUGCUGUAUUUACAUGGAGUUUCGACCUGGUGGUAGAUUAUUGAUCUGCUGCCCUGUGGAGUCUUCCUCCUCCUCCUCAUCUUCCUCCUUCUGUGCAGUAAUGUUUCUCCAGUCGGAAAUAGUUGUGUCUGAUUAGUGUCAUUCCACACCACAGCGCACAGGAGGAUUGUUCCGCUGUAAUACGCAGGUUAAUCCCUGAGCUGCUGCUGACUGCACAGGCACACACACCAUGAUCAACUCGGAGGGCCUGCGGCCGGCCACGUCCGGCAGGAAGCCCCUGGGCAAGCUCGCCUCCCGGCUGGAGGAGGUGAAGAACCCGUGGCGGCAUGUCUCCACGCUGGAGCUGAGCCACAACGAGGCGGCCCGGCUGGCGACGGACGCGCUGCUGGAGCACGGGGAGAAGGAGUACCGCAAGGUCCUGACCGAGGAGCGGGAGCUCAACUUUCUGUCCCCGCUGGAGAUCCGCUACAUCACCCAGCAUGCGGCCAAAACAUGCGGCUCCGAGAGCAACGGCAUCGGCCCCAACGACCGGGACUUCGGGGACGGAGACGCCGUGUCCGAGCUCACCUCCGGGACUUACUUCCCCAUGAUGUCCGACGAGGAGCCGCCGAUGCUGGAGCUCGGCUGGCCGGACACCCCGUCCAGGCACGGACCGUCGGAGACGCAGAUCUACUUCCAGAGGGACAAGUCUCAUAACGUCAAAGACCUCAUCAGGUCCCUCAUCAACAAAGCCAAAAAGGUGAUCGCGCUGGUGAUGGACGUGUUUACAGAUGUGGACCUGCUGUGUGAUCUCAUGGAGGCGUCCAACAAGCGCAGAGUCCCCGUCUACAUCCUGCUGGACGAGAAAAACCUUGACUACUUCACAGACAUGUGUGCUGCACUCGACAUUCAGAAUUCACACAUGAGUAACAUGCGAGUCCGCAGCAUGUGUGGGGACACGUACUGCACCAAGAGCGGCAAGAAAUUCACCGGCCAGGUCCUGGAGAAGUUUAUGAUCAUUGACUGUGAAGAGGUCAUCGCCGGGUCAUACAGUUUCACCUGGCUGUCGGCUCAGGUGCACAGCAACAUGGUGAUGCAUUUCUCAGGUCGCAUCACCGACAGUUUUGACCGGGAGUUCCGCUGUCUGUACGCCGACUCGCAGAUCAUCGACUGCUUCUACAACCCAGAGGAGGAGGGGAUGCCCUACUACCCGUCGUAUCAAGCCAUGAUGGGCCCCGGCAUGGGCAUGGUGCCCGGGCCGGUCAUGGGGCUGGAUUUACUCUCUGACAGCAGGCAGAGGGAAAGGGUGUGCUCUGAAAACUCCAGCAGCCAAUCAAGUAACAGCGUGUCCAGUGUGAAGGCUGCUCCCGGGAUGACCGCUAACACGGUCUACAAGGUCACUCAAGGUCACGACAAGAAGGAGCCCAGCAACAACCCUCACCUCAGCCCAGAGAGGAGAGGUGGAAGUGCAGACCGAGGCGGAGGACAAACCCCGACUCCUCAGACUCACGUCACAUCGGGUGCACGGGUCUCUGCUAACGGAGGAACCAAUCAUACCUCAGCUAUGGACCGACCACCGCCGCCUUACGGUCACCAAAAAGGCAUCGAGUGGAACAAGCCCAGUCCAACAGACGUCAUGCGGUCAAAUAUUGGCGGCACCUCCUCCAAGUUCCAGGCUUUGGGGCUGUACGACCACAAACCAGGCAUGUUCCACGGCGCCGGCACCCCGAACUCAAACCUUAAUCCCAAGACCCAGACACCCACCCCAAUCAAUGACAGCAAACUCACCCCCAAGCAGAGGACUUCUUCCAACCAGUUCCUCAACAAACUCUCAGACCUCUUCCUGCCCCCCUCCAACAAAGAGACCUACAACUUCCGGAGGUCGCCCUCCCCUCACGGCACCUCGCCCUGGGGGGGACCGGACCUCUCUCAAAGUGAGCCGGAGAGCCAGCAGAGCCCACCGCCUCCACCCUCGCCGGGCGUGUUGAUGAGUCGGCAGGACCAGAAACGAAUGACGCUGGGCCACAGCAAGCUGGACCUGGUGAACCAGUACAACAAGAUGAAAUCCAAGCAGGUGUACAGCCGCUUUGAGCUCAAGACCACCAACUAAACUAAGUUCAGACUGAUGUCAUUAUUUAACCCUUCAUUCCUCCUGUGUCUCCUAUUACACACUCACAGCUAGGGAUGUCAACGGUUAACUGUUAAUUCGUUAACCACAACAAUAUUUGUGACCGGCUAUUCAUGUCCAACUCGUUCUCAUUCUGAAGUCAUCAAAUAACACUGCUUUGUCAGUGAUUUCAGCGACAGACACCGACGCCAAAAGCCACCUUUUGCGGUGUUAUGAUACGCUGCUGGUCGGCCGGACGGCACCUGUUGCAGUGGUAUGAUGCCGCUGGACGGCAUCACUUUGAAACGCUGCCGGUGACAUAAUGUAAGGAGCAGGAGAGGCCCUAUAGGGCAGGUGGCAGGGGUGCUGGAUGGGUCCAACAUACCCCAGACUUUAAUUUUACUCCCCAGGAGUUUGGUGUUCUCUUCCCGUAUGAAUGCAGAGCCAAAACAUGAACCUAACCAUUUGCUUUUGUUGGUAGUCCAGGACGCCACAACCAACGCCUGAACAUCAGCAGCAGAUGCAGGAGGAUACCUCAUUCUUAAUCUGUAGACAUGAAAAGCGACGCUAUAUGACAACUUUGGAUGAGAACGUGUUCGCAUGUUGGUCUGUAGGUUAAUUUUGCUACUCUUCAGUUUGCUGCACUGCGCACCAACCAGAUCUAAUGGGAGAUAGUGAGGCUGCCAGUCGUGUUCGUAUGCAGAAACAUCGUGCAGGCUGUCUCCAGAUAGCUAGCCUUGGCUGCUCUGCACUGUGAACCGGUUGGGUUGGGUUGGGAGCUAGCUAGCAGUACCAGCCAUUUGGCGAUUACCUCGUGUAUUGCUGUCCCAGUCCAGCAGCACUGCUGUGGAGACAUUGUGCUCACUCUCCGGUCUCCCCCCAGACAAGACAAGUCUCCAUGGACUCUGGUUGUUUUUAUAAAGUGGCCGGUCCUUCAUCUUCUUCCUCUGUACAGUGAUUCCUGGUGGACGUGGAGCCGUUACAGCCAUGUUGGCUCACAGGCUCCUUCUCUGAGAUUCUUGAAACCAUAUUGCCUCUUUUAUCUUGUGAGGAGCCUUUACAGCUGCAGAGGGGACGUGACUCUUUGUGGGGUCGUAGUUUACACAUAUGAAAAAAAUCAAAUAUUGAAAAUGUUCUGUGAAGAUCACCCAUCAGUCCAUUUUUCAACCACCUGAGUCACUGUGUUUAUGAAAUAAGGUUCUUUCUAAAACACAAAAGUUUUAAAAAAGAUGGCAGCUGACCUGUGCGCUGAAGCCACUGCCACGCCCCCAUUUCUCUAUAUAAGGAUAUACGCUUGUCUAGAAGGUUACCGUGGAGGAAGUUAUCUCUACGCACAUCUAAAGGCCCUGACGUAGGGCCGUCAGUGAGCGUCUGUGAUUGUAAUGACAGUCAGAAACAGCUGAUCAGCCAUCAGUCACUCUUUUCAAAACAUGUUCAAACAUGUCGAUCUCUGAUUGGCUCUCUCUGACUGAAAUAUCCUCCAAGUAAAUUAGAUAUACCAUCAUAACGCCUGCUCAGAGGUACAUCAGAAUCUUUUAUAUACCCUGCAUGCCUGGUAAUAGGCGACUAAAUAAUUAGCUGGCUACAAAUGAACAUAUGCACAAUUUCUACGAAAUAAAAACUGGGACACUCCAUUUUCAUAGGUUAAGUUUUUGAUUAUUAAUUGAUGAGGAUGAAAGGGUGUCAGUUUCAUGGUCAUUUAAGACAUUUGGACAGUGUGUUUGGAAAUUAACAGUUUUAAAUAUUGUCUGUUAAAGCCUUGUGUCAAUUUCAGUUUUAAUGUUAUGCAUUUAGUUAAAAGGUCUGUGUUUACAUUCAACCUGUGGUCUCAUUUAUAAAACAGUGUGUAGGAUCCAUACUAAAAAUGUACGUAUGGACAAAAGCCAAAAAUGGCAUGCGCCAAAAAAAAUUUAAUUUCUACAAUCAGGCUUCAACCUCGCCGUCUGUGUCGCCAGUUUCCCAUCUUUAAAAUGUUCAUCACUAUGGGUCUGUUUUUAUAGUUCACAAUUUUUGUGUGUGAUGUGGCGUACACCUCCUUCAGGCCUCGUUUUGUGAAUAUGUAAUAUUUAUAAAUGAGACCCCACGCCUUUAUCAUUUGUACGCGUGGUCUGAGGCAGGUCUAAAUUUGAUGAAUCCCAGAUUUCUACUAAAAACUUCAUGCGCACAUUUUGGGCACAGAUUUGUGCGUUCACGCUGUUUGUGACUGAGGCCCAAGAUUCCCACGAAACUGUUUACGUGACCAAUGAAAAUAAAUAUUCCACUAAUAUUCCAGUUUAUUGAUUGAUAUGAUUUUUUUCCAAGUUUCUUGUUGAACGGAUCGAACACAGUCUCCGUCUUUCAUUCCUUGAAUAUCUUCUUGAAAAGGUCGGUGUUGUGAUGUUUGUGCGUAUCCAAAAACCUGCUGAUACCCAAGUCUUUUAUGAAGUUUAAAAGUAGGUGUGUUUCAACUUCACACCAGAAAUGUGGGCUUCUCAUUCAGGCGCACAUCUCUACCCAACAGCCUCGCUAACUGUUGGCUAGCUGGUUUUUCUACAACGUAUCCAUGACAACGCACAGAGGUGACCGUAAACAGACGAGGGUGUAUGUUACAAACCUCAGCUGACACGCAUCUUCUUAAUGUGCUGAAUGCCUGAAAAAUACCAGCAUAUCCACCAUCUUUAUCCGAACAUGCUUUAUUUGGAAAAAGGGCUAAUUUGGAAUUUCUGAAGAGAAUAUGUUGUUUACGUGACCUGUAUCACAUUCAGAGUUAUAUUCGGAAUAAUAGUGGAAUACUAGUAAACGCAGCCGGGGUCUCUUAUCUUAGCAAAAAUGAAUUUUAAAAUUUUAAUGUCCAGAUCAGCUUUGAUGGUCAGAUUUUUACUGUUUUUUAUAUAAUUUGAUACAAACUAAAUCACUGAACUUAACAGACCUAUAUUUGGGACAGGCCUUUAAUUCCUUUUACACAAAAUUAUUGCUCAGCAAAGAUGGGAAAUACACGUCACCCGAAGAUAACAGCACCCGGCAUACUGACACAACACCACUUUAUCCUGUUAAAACAACACUCAUAACUCGGAUUCAUUUUUAUGAAAAACAUUUUUGAUUCCUUUGGUUGGUGGACCCUUACAGACUUAACAAAUAUGAAUAACUCACCAGGUAAUCAACAAACAGACACAUAUUGUGACUUUGUGACAGCUACAGAGGAGCGAGGAGUCACUGAUUGUUUUGUCCGGUCAUCUGGUGCUCAUGGUUUUCAUAAAAUGAAAUCAACCAAGCUAACGAUGUGUAGCAUCUCAUUAUUGACAAAAGUUGAAACAUUUAUAUUUCUAUGUGCGAUCUAAGCAGGCUACUAACAUUAAGUCAAAUGGGUCGUCAACAAUCUGGUUUUAUACAUCCAAAGAACUUCUAUAAAAAUGAACUGAUUGGCAGCCACACCAGGCCUCUCAUUCAGACAGGUCUUUAUUUGUCAAAAUGUGUAGCCACACCGGGCUAGUAAAAGGGUAAUGGGCAUUAAAUUGUUAAAAGUUUUACAGUAGUUUGUGUAAAGACGCAGUGAUUUAAAGCAGCUGUGAUUGUAAAGCAAAACUCUUCACCCUUUGUAUUAUUCUUUCUUUUGAUUGUAACACUUUUUCCUUAGUUUCGAUUUUUCCUGUAAGACUCCUGUGUAGCUGCAGUCGGUAAUCACAAUUGGUGGACGUACAUUAAUGAUGCAAACAUGCACGUGGUUACACUGCAGCCCGGCCGCUGUUUUAAUUUAAAAAAAAAGUUGUCCCCAUCAGUCACUUGGACACAAAUCAUGGGCAAACAGGGUCCAGAUCGAAUAGUUUUGAGUGUAUUUGAUGUGUUGAUAGACAUGCUAGUCAAUGCUUUGUUUUCCUCCCUCAGCGUAAAAGGAUGAUGUUUUGUGGGCUUUCCCAAAAGUACCGACUGUAUUAUAGCGUAUGAGUCGUGCCUUAUCAUCCUGCCUUAAGGUUUACAAUCACAUGACAGAAAUAUCUCCAGUGACUUAAGAUAAGUGUUAAUAAAGGUACACACUUGUUCCGCUGUCACCACAGGGAACAAAACUUGUUGUAAGCAGAAGCAGCGCGACAACAUUCCUGGUGCUGUGUUUAUUUACAAUUCUGGGGAAAAUAGGUGUAAAAAUAGAAACUGAAGGGCUCUAAAAUGUUUUGAGGCGAAGCAGGUGGAACAACCGCAGAUGAGAUUAACAACAAGUUGUUUGUGAUGCGUGAUGAAAGAACUGGCAUUUAAAUGUUACAGUGCUGUCCAGCCCUUACGAUGAGCUCCUUGUAUUGUACUCUUUUUUUUUUUUACAAUAAACAGCAUUUUUCACACAUGUAGAUUUGUACAUAGACUGUUCAUUAAAACAAAUUAGACACAGUUAAUACUAAUUGUAUUAUUUACUUUAUGUUUUAGUUAUUUUUACGAUGCGUUGUUUUGAUGUACAGUAGUUUUUCAUCACAGCACUACAGGGCUAAAUCGUUUCUCCUCAGCGUGGAGCAGUAGCCAUGGAAAACUGAUUUUUACUGCUGUUACCGAAGCAAUAACGAUUGACAGUGAUCUCUGAUUUUAAUAUGUGACUUUUUUUUGUUUACUGCUCAUUUCAGUUGGUUUUGAUGUUUUGUUUUUUGUUUUGUUUUGUUUUUUUUAUCUUUUUUGUCUUACAACAACGAGCCGGACAAUUUGUAGGCAUCGUUUCAUCUCAUGUUUGUCAGACUAAUGUACAUUACAUUGUAUAUAAUACACGAACGGACCGUCAGGAAUUUGGGUUAUUGUUAAAGGAACACUUCUUAAAGAGAUUUGUUUCUGUUAUUUUAUUUUUACAGUAUGUUAUUUACUGGAGAAUGUGAACUUUCUGUGUUUAAAACUUGGUUGUAAUUUGUAAGAUGAACACGAGGAUUUAAUAAAACAAAGUUGAAGUUAA